UUUUUCAAAUUAAAUAUAAAGCUUUGCAAAAAUAUAUUUCCACAAUCAUUUCUAAAUCUCUCAAAAUAUAAGAAAAUACAAUUUAACAGAAAUCACAAAAUCUUUUGUUUUAUCAGUAUUUAAAAUAUUGUAUUAUUGGUUAUAAAGCACACGUUUCCUAUAAUUUUACAUGUUUGUGAUUAAACUGAAUAUGUUAGCCUUUAGUUUGAGCUACUUAGGAAUAAUGGGAUGACACAUCAUACAGUGCUACUAGGCAUUACUGGGCUCUGACAUUAGGUAAACCAGGUGUCUUUUCUCACCUGGUUUCCUCAUUUGCAAAAUUAGAACAUGAGACUCCUUUUACCUCUAAAAAGUUUCAUUCACAUUUCUGUGUACUGCAUGGAGCCACCCCUUACCCCAUGCAGCCAUCCAAAGUUUAUGUUAAACAGAAUAUGAGAUUAUAUUUGCUAUCAGAGCUUCAUGAAGGAAGGGAUUUUAGUCUCUUUUGUUCCACUGAUCUGUCCCAAGUGCCUAGAAUUUUGCCUGGCACAUGGUAGGCACUCAGUAUAGUUGUUGAAUGACUAUGUUGUCAACAGAGAAGAAGAAAAGUACCAAAUUUGAAGAAGAACAAAUAUAGUUUAUUUUUUGGAUAAUUAGGAGUUGUAAUAGAGAGUUGUUCUUUCUUCCAUGCCCCUUUUCGUUUUGUUUUUCAGUCAUUUUUAAAUUGGCGUAGUUUGCUGUAAUUAAGUUAAUAAAUGUACGUUGUAGAUCAUACUUUUGGUGACUCGAAUCUCUGAAAAGUAUGUGUUUAAUUUUGGCUGACAAAAUACAGGCCGGGUGUGGUGGCUCAUGCCUGUAAUCCCAACAUUUUGGGAGGCCUAGGCAGGCGGAUCACCUGAGGCCAGGAGUUCGAGACCAGCCUGGCCAACAUGAACCUUGUCUCUACUAAAAAUACAAAAAAUUACCUGGGUGUGGUGGUGGGCACCUGUAAUCCCAGUUACUCAGGAGUCUGAGGCAGGAGAAUUGCUUGAGCCCAGGAGGUGGAGGCUGCUGUGAGCUGAGAUCGUGCCACUGCACUCCGACCUAGGCAGCAAGAGCAAAACUCCAUCUCAAAAAGAAAAAAAAAAAAAAAAAAAAAAGAAAAUACAGCCAGGCUUGGUGGCUCACACCUAUAAUCCUAGUACUUUGGGAGGCCAAGGCAGGCAGAUUGCUUGAACCUAGGAAUUCAAUACCAGCCUGGAUAAUAUGGCAAAUCCCUGUCUCUACAAAAACAUGCAAAAAAUUAGCGAGGCAUAGUGGUGUGCACCUGUAGUCCCAGUUACCCAGGAGGCUGAGGUGGGAGGACUGGCUGAGCCCAGGAGGUCAAGGGUGCAGUGAGCUGUGAUCGUGGCACUGCACUGCAGCCUGGGCUACAAAGUGAGACCCUGUCUGAAAAAAAAAAUUAUAAAUACACUAAAUUUGGGUUACUUUUAUUUUUUAUAUUUCAAUUGAAAAAUGCGUGAGAAUUGAAAUACAAAAGGUCCUUAUUGAUAUCAAUAUCUUGUUUGGUUUGAACCUCUAUUUCCGUCGUCUCCUAUAAAAAUGAGUUUUUUUUUGCAUUUUCAUGUUUUCUUCUACAUGCAGUCAUCCCACUGUAUCCACAGGUUCUGUGACCGUAGUUACAACCAACCAUGGAUUGAUAAUAUUUGCGGGGACAAGAACCACAAUAAAAAUCAUACAAAUUAAAAAGUACAGUGUACCAACCAUUUACAUAGUAUCGACUUAAUUAUAUGGGAGGUUUUGCAUAGAUUAUCUGCAACACCAUGUUAUUUUAUAUAAAGGCCUUUUAGAGCAUCCUUGGAUUUCACUAUUCAAGGCAGUUGGAGAUGUCCUUACUUACUUCCCAGUUAUAUAUAGUUUCCUGUUAUUUGUACCUACUUUUUUUUCUUUUGAGACAGAGUCUUGCUCUGUUGCCCAGGUUGGAGUGCAGUGGCAUGAUCUAGGCUUACUGCAACCUCCACCCUCUAGGUUCAAGCGAUCCCCCUCCCUCAGCCUCCCGAGUAGCCAGAUUACAGGUGCAUGCCACCAAGCCCAGCUAGUUUUUGUGUUUUUAGUAGAGAUGGGGUUUUGCCAUGUUGGCCAGGCUGGUAUUGAACUCCUGACCUCAAGUCAUCUGCCUGCCUUGGCCUCCCAAUGUGCUGGGAUUAUAGGCAUGAGCCACCAUGCCCGGCCCAUCUUGAGUUAAUUUUUUAUAUGGUGAGAGCUCAGUAGAGGUCCAGUUUCAUUCUUUGGCAUAUGGUUAGCCAGUUUCUCCAGUGCCAUUUAUUGAAUUAGGGAGUCCUUUCCUCACUGUUUUUAUUUUUGUCAACUUUUUUGAAGAUCAGUUGGUUGUAUGUGUGCAGUUUUAUUUCAGGGGCUUCUAUCCUAUUUCAUUGGUCUGUUUGUCUAUUCUUUUUUUUUUUUUUUUUGAUACGUAAUUUCACUCUUGUUGCCCACGCUGGAGUGCAAUGGCGUGAACUUGGCUCACUGCAACUUCUGCCUGCUGGGUUCAAGCAAUUCUUGUGCCUUAGCCUCCCGAGUAGCUGGGAUUACAGGCGUGUACCACCACACCUGGCUAAUUUUGUGUUUUUAGUAGAGACAGGGUUUCUCCAUGUUGGUCAGGCUGGUCUCGAACUCCCGACUUGAGGUGAUCCGCCUGCUUCGGCUUCCUAAAGUGCUGGGAUUAACAGGUGCGAGCCACCACGCUUGGCUGUCUAUUUUUGUACCAAUACUGCACUGUUUUGGUUACUGUAGCCUUGUAGUGUAGUUUGAAGUUGGGUAAGGUGGCGUCUCCAGCUUUGUUCUUUUUGCUUAGGAUUGCCUUGGCUCUUCGGGCUCCUUUUCAUUCCAUGUGAAUUUUAGAAUACUUUUUUCUAAUUCUGUGAAAAAAUAUUGGUAGCUUGAUAGGAAUAGCAUUGAAUCUGUAAAUUCCUUUGGGCGUUGUCACCAUUUUAAUUACACUGAUUCUUCCAAUCUGUGAGCAUGGAAUAUUUUUCUGUUUUUUUGUGUCAUCUAUGAUUUCUUUAGCAGCCUUUUGUAGUUCUCCUUGUAGAGAUUGUUUACCUCCUUGGUUAGAUGUAUUCCUUGAUAUGUGUGUGUGUGUUAUGGUAAAUGGAAUUGCAUUCUUGAUUUAGUUGUCAGCUUGAGUGUUAUUGGGGUGUAGAAAUGCUACUGAUUUUUGUACGUUGAUUUUUUUUGUAUCCCGAGACUGCCAAAGUUGUUUAUCAGGUUUAUGAGCUUUUUGGUGAGAUCUUCAGGUUUUUCUAGGUGUAGAAUCAUAUUGGCAGUGAAGAAAGUAAAUUCGAUUUCCCCUUUUCGUAUUUGGAUGCCUUUUAUUGAUCUUACCUGAUUGAUUGCUCUGGCUAGGACUUCCAGUACUGUGUUGAAUAGGAAUGGUGAGAGGGGACAUCCUUGGGUUUUUUUUUUUUAAACAUUUAUUUUUAUAGAGACAGGAUCUUGCUGUGUUGCCGAGGCUGGUUUUGAACUCUUUGCCUCAAGCAGUCCUCCUGUCCUAGCCUCCCAAAAUGUCGAGAUUACAGGUGAGCCACCACGCCCUACUGAUAUCCUUUGUCUUUCUUUCCCUUUCCAGGACAGGGUCUUACUCUGUCACCCAGGCUGGAGUGCAGUGGCACAAACAUGGCUCACUGUAGCCUCAAUCUUCUGGGUUCAAGAGAUCCUCCCACCUCAGUCUUCUGAGUAGCUGGGACCACAGGCAUGAGCUAUCACACCUGGCUAAUUUUUUUUAUUUUUGGUAGAGGCAAGGUCUCACCAUGUUGCCCAGGCUAACCUUGUCUUGUUUAUGGACUAAAUUUAAAUGGAGGCAUGCUUGACAUAAUGUAGGUUAUUAAAUGUAUCAUGUAAAUUAAUUUAUGUUUUUAGUUACCACAUAACCAAUGUUGUCCCCUAACUUGAAUUUUUCAGAUAAUGAAACUAGGGACUAAAAAGGUUGUAUUAUCUUUCCUAUUGUGAUCUAGUAUAGUUGUGUAUUUUUUUUGAGACGGAGUCGCUCUGUUGCCUAGGCUGGAGUGCAGUGGCGCAAUCUUGGCUCACCGUAAGCUCUGCCUCCCAGGUUCACGCCAUUCUGCUGCCUCAGCCUCCCGAGUAGCAGGGACUACAGGCGCCCCCCUCACCAUGCCUGGCUAAUUUUUUUAUAUUUUUUUUAGUAGAGAUGGGAUUUCGCCAUCUCUACUAGGCCAGGAUGGUCUCGAUCUCCUGACCUCGUGAUCUGCCCACCUUGGCCUCCCAAAGUGCUGGGAUUACAGGCGUGAGCCACCGCACCUGACUAGUUGUGUACUGUUAUUACAUAGGGUUUAUGGACCUUUACCCCCACCCUAUUCAUGGAUUCCAGGAUGAGAACUCUUGUGGUAUUUAGAUUGAUAUGUGUGAUACUACAGGGAAGAUAAAUCCUGCUUGAGCCUGGCAUGAGAGCCUGGUUGGGAGCUCACCCUUUUGUUCUUCCUUGUGUUGCCAAUUUAUUGACAGCAAAUAUACCAAUUAAAUGGACACUAUUAAAUAACUUUAUUAAAAAAAAAAGGCAAGAUGGAAAAUGGAGCAAUAGUUAGGUAUCAGUACAUUCCACUCAAGUUUUAGAAUAUUUAAGGGUGGAAUUGUAUAUUUUGGAAAUUAGAUAAGGAUAUAAGGAGAGAGUGAUAGAACAAAAUUUGGAGUCAAAGGCAAGAAAGUGGAAAAUUAGAUGCAAAGGAAGGGAGACUUUUUCUGAGAUUGGAAGACACAGGAGACAUGAAUUAGAGGAAAGGUGUCCUUAUUCUCUUUUAAAUAACAUAGGAAAUACAUUUAUCUAAAUAAAGAUGAAAGAGUUGGGGGGUAAAAUACAGGAUUUGGAGACCAGAAAGAGAAUAUGGCUGCUCUGGGGACUUUGUGGGGAUUCAGCAAGGUUAGAGCCUUGCUCAGCAAGGCUGGUUGAAGUCCUCCUUUGAAAUUUGGGAACAUAGUUUUAUGAUAUGGUAGGUCUGUAAUAUAGAUUUUUUUUUAACAGGUCAGUAAGAUGUUGUCACCAUGUCCAGAGUGUGGCAUUAGAGCUAGUUUGUUCAUUCACUUAUUAAAUUAAGUGUUUUAAAUAUUAAGGUGAUCAUUAAAUAUUGAGCACCUACUGUGAGCCAGGUAUUAAUGUAAUGACAUAGCAGUGAGCAAAACAGAUUAAAACCAACCAAACAAAAAAUACCAUGCAGCUACUCUAAUUGAAGAGACAUGAUAAAACAAGAUAAAUUAGUAAAAUUGUAAAAACUCGUAAUGAGGUCAUAAACCAUUCAAUUGUUAGUGGGGGUUAAGCAUUUUAGCCAGAGGGAAGAUGAGGUGUAACAUCUUGAGGUGUAACAUCUUGAGGUGGGACAACAGUGAGUAGGCAGUGUAGCUGGAGGGAACAAGGGAAGAGGAGAGAGUAGGAGUUAAGUUUGAGAGGUAAUAGGGAGAACCUUGGUGGACUAAGACCUUAGCUUUUAUUCUGUGUGAGAUGGGAAGCCAUUGAAGGGGGUUGAAUAGGCAUGGUCUGAUUUUGUUUGUUUGUUUUGUUUUCUUGAGUCAGAGUUUCACUCUGUCACCCAGGGUGAAAUGUGGUAUGAUCAUGGCUCACUGUUGCCUCAAACUCAUGGGCUCAAGCAGUCCUCUCUCCUCAGUCUUCCAAGUAGUUUGGUCUGUAGGAGCACACCACCAUGCCUGGCUAAUUUUUUGGGUUUUUUUUUUUUUUUUUUUUGUAGAGACAACAUCUUGCUAUGUUGCCCGGGCUGAUCUCAAACUCCUGGGCUCCGGUGAUCCUCCUGGCUUUGCCUCCCAGAGUGCUGGAGUGAGCCACCAUGCCUGGCCUAGUUUUUAAAAUAAUAUAUAUAAUAUUUUUUGGGGACAGAGCCUUGCUGUGUCACCCAGGCUGGAGUGCAGUGACACCAUACUGGCUCACUGCAACCUCUGCCUCCCAGGUUCAAGCGAUUCUUGUGCUGCAGCUUCCUGAGUAGCUGGGACUACUACUAAAUUAGCGUCCCCAUGCCCAGCUAAUUUUUGUAUUUUUAGUAGAGAUGGGGUUUCGCCAUGUUGGCCAGGCUGGUCUCGAACUUCUGACCUCUAGUGAUCCACUCACCUUGGCCUCCCAAAGUGCUGGGAUUACAGGCAUGAGCCACUGUGCCUGGCCCUUUUAUUUCUCUCUUAGUAAAGAAACUUGCUGCCAAUAAUUUUUAUUGAGGUAUAAUUGAUAUAUAAUAAACUGUACCCAUUGAAAGUAUACAUUUCUGUGAGUUUUGAAAGUUGUACUCACUGAGGCAAGCAGCACCACAGUUAAGAUAGAAUAGUUCCAGCACUCUGAAGUUUUCUGAUGUAGCUUUGUAGUACAUUCCUACCUCCACCUCCUGCCCUAGAAAACCUACUGUUGUUCUUUUCCCUCGUGCAAGCUUUAACGUGUUCGCUUUGGUUUCUGUGUUGAGAACAAAUUGUAGAAAGUCAGGGGUGAGAGUAAAGGGGAAUCUGUCUUUUCAGUAUUUCAAGUCAGAAUGAUAGUGGCUUAGACUGGAAUGUUUGCAGUGGAGAUAAGGGUUGGAUUCUGGUUAUCUUUUGGAGUUACUAUGGACAAGAGUUAUGGAUGGAUGAGAUACUGGGUUUUAGAAUAAGAGGUAACAGCAACUCCAAGGCCUUUUGGCCUGGGCAGCUCCAUGGCAGAGCCGUGGAGGCUCUCAGGCAAGCAGAUUGGGGAGAAGGGAGUAUCAAGAGGUCUAAUUUGGACAUAUUUAGAGGCCUAUAGGGCAUUCAGUGGCUCUGUCACUUAGGCUGAUGGCUAUAAGUUGAGAGCCCAGAGGAGAGAGGUGUGGCUACAGAUAGAAAAUAUGGGAAUUUUUAGUGUAUUUGUGGUAUUUAUAGCUAUCAGACUGGAUGAGAUUACCUAGGAAAUAAGUGUAAAUAAAGAGAAAGUUAGCAUAAGGAUUGAAGUGUUUGGGGCUCACCAAACAUUUAAAGAUUUAAAGGGCAAUAGAUUUGGUGAAAUGGUGGUCUAGUAAUGAGCUAGUGUCUCUACAGAUAAGGGAGUAGUGAUGUAAAAGGGAAGCACUAACUUGCAUAUGCUUUCAUUAGAGCAGCUCAUUUUGAUGAAAUCCUUAGCUUCACCAUGGGAGGAAUAGAGAUGGCUCCAAAAAAAGGAAAAUGAAGGAACCAAAAAUAGUGUUAAUAAUAUUAGAAGUCUAGAAAGAAAAUUAAAAAUUUGCGCAGAGUCAAAAUAGUCCAUGAAAAGUUUUUGAGCUAUAGAAAACAUCUGAGAGGGCUUGAGAACAUUGACGCUUACAUAUAUUGUAAGCUUAAAAACCUAGGAAUGAGUGAUGUCCACCCUUAAGUCACAGUGAGGAGGCAGAGGUACCUUAACUGAGGAAAAGUCACACAGGUGGAAUGUAAUCUGAAGAAUGAUUUUUUUCCUGGGGAAGGAAAGUGGAAGGAAGAGACAUCCAUAAUGAGAUAAGGUCUUCGUUGGACACAAUAGAAAGGAAAGGAGCUAGGUGAGCAAAUUCUCCAAAGUUCUAUAACUGGGAAGGUUUUGAUGGAGGCAGUACAUGUUAAACAGAAUCAAUUCUGUUAGUAGUAAAAAAACAUUCAGUACUAACUGCAAAUUUAAGUUACUUUGUUAUCAAAUUAACUUUUAUAGAAAAUAAUACAAAUAAUGAAACAAUUGGUUAAAAGAAGGAUAUCAGGUACUAUACUGUUUGGUUUGCCUAAUUUGCCUUAUUUCAUUAAUUGAAAUAUUUUCUUUCGAGCCUUCUCCAGAAGAGGUCAGCAAAAUCCUAGUUACCAAUCAGUUGGCUUGCUGUGCUUGGUUGGCUUGCAUUGUUUUUAUGUAUUAUUGCAUUGUAGAGGUAUUUUGUUUUAGCAGCUCCAGACCUGUGUUUGGGCUUUUAAAUUUUGUUGCCAAGUCUAGAAUCAGAGUAUUUAUGUUACUACAGACUUUUUUUUUUUUUUAAAAAACAUAUUUAAAAAAAUAAAAACUAGAAACGGGGAUUCACCAUGUUGUCCAGACUGGCCUCGAACUCCUGGGCUCAAGCAGUUCUCCUGCCUCAGCCUCGCAAAGUGCUGGGAUUAUAGGUGUGAGCCACUGCACCUGGCCUGACCAUAGGUUUUUUAUAUAGUGGAGACAGUGUUUUGUUUUUGCUUAAAGCUCUGCUUUUACUCAGUCCUAAUAUGUUUUCAGGAUUACAUUAUAAGAUUAUUUUGUUUGGGUGGUUGGAACUUGAUUAAAAAAAUUGAGAUUAAGAUUGUUAAAACACUAAAGUUCUAAUUUUGUUUAUAUGGAAAUUUUAAGAGUUUGACAUUAUUGUUUUGCCUGAUUUUAUUUUAUUUAAGCAUUACCUUAAUUUUCAGAAUCUGGUAAUAAAAGUAUAUUGCUUUUCUUAUACUUUUUUAGGUCUUUCUGUUCAGAUUGAUGUUAACUUGCAUAGAUUCCUUAAGCUUAAACCUAGACUGAUUGGCCUACCUUUCAUUUAGAAUAAAACCAACUACAGCAAAAAACUCCAGGAGAUAACAAGUGCUUUAAGUUGUAAAUUAGAGACUUUUCCUUCUCAUUAGUAUUUUUUCUUUACUGUUUAUUCAUUUAAAAAUAUUUCAAAGGCUUUCUUCUUCCUCUUCUGGGACGCUGUCUGCAGGCACUCAGAAUGGUCCAGCAUUUGACAUACUGUCGUAGGCUUUUCUACAAUACAGCCUCUAAAAAAACAAGGCUGUCCCGGACCCUUGGUAAUAGAGUUGUUUACCUUUUUACUAAGAACGUUGGGAAAGCAUCAAAAUCUGCAUGUGGCAUGUGCCCAGGCAGACAUGAAGGGGUUCGUGCUGUAAGACCUAAAGUUCUUAAUGAGAUUGUCCAAAACAAAGAACAUGUCAGCAGGGCCUAUGGUGGUUCCAUGUGUGCUAAAUGUGUUUGUGACAGGAUCAAACAUGCUUUCCUUAUUAAGGAGUAGAAAAUUGGUGUGUAAGUGUUGAAGGCACAAGCACAGAGUCAGCUAAAUUAAAAAAUACAACUUUUUUAAGUAAUAAAAAUGAAAAGACUUGAAAAAAUUUCGUCUACUAUGAAUGCUUUUGAUUGGGUAAGCUAAGCCACAUACUUAGAUAGUAAAACAAAUGGCAUUUUCAUUCUCUUAAUUAAUAAUAACAUGGCUUUGGCUUGAUUACUUAAAGCUUCUUUAAUUCACAUAUAUUUGUGAAAAUAUAUGAUUAAAAGUGAAGUUGAGGCUGGCUGCUGUGGCUCACACCUGUAAUCUCAGCACUUGGGAGGCUGAGGUGGGCAGAUCACCUGAGCUCAGGAGUUUGAUGCCAGCCUGGGCAAAAUCGUGAAACCCUGUCUCUAGAAAAAAUAAAAAAGACUUACCUAGGCGUAGUGGCUGCGCCUGUGGUUCUGGCUACUCAGGAGGCCAAGACGAGAAGAAUACUCAAGCCUAGAAGACAGAGGUUGCAGUGAGCUGAGAUUAUGUCAGUGCACUGCCUGGGUGACAGAGUGAGACUUUGGCUUGAAAUAUAAAAGCGAAAUUGAAAAACCUUUUACUUCGGGUUGUUGAAAAACCUUUUACUUCGGUAAUACUAAUACCAUUGCUACUCUCUCUCUCUCUUUUUUUUGAAACGGAGUCUCACUCACUCUGUUGCUUGGACUGGAGUGCAGUGGCAUGAUCUCGGCUCACUGCAGCUUCCACUGCCCAGGUUUAAGCAAUUCUCCUGCCUCAGCCUCCCGAGUAGCUGGGAUUACUGACGUGCACCAUCACGCCUGGCUAAUUUUUAUAUUUUUAGUAGAGAUUGGGUUUCACCAUGUUGGCCAGGCUGGUCACAAACUUCUAACCUCAAGUGUUCCGCCCACCUGUCACUUGUUUUUAUUAGUGUGUGUGUAAACCCAAUGUUAAAUGACUGCAUAGUAUUCCAUUAUAUUGCAUUACGUUCUCCAUUUACUGGAAAUGUUUGGGUUAGUACCUAAGGUAGAGAUAGAAUUUUCUACCAUAUUCUACAUUCCACAUUCGGUGAGGGAAGGUGGGCACAUAAAGCAAUGGCAAUAUGGUGUAAUACAUGCUAAUGUAGAGUAAGCACUCAGCAUUUUGAAGACAUGCACUAGAGACUUUUCACCCGUUAUUGGAGUUGUGGGGGAGGGGCAAUAUGGAAAAAGUGAUAGCGCAUGUGUCCUAUGUAUAAUUGUGUAUGCGCGUGGGCAGACACGGCAUAUGCCAGGCCAGGAAAGUGUUGGGAUGGUGGGAGUAAAAAUUUGAUAUGAAUUUUAUUUGACUUAACUGAGACCUAUAGUUGCCUGGGUUAAUUGCCUGAGUUAUUUAAAAUGAGUAAUUGAAAGAUGAAGCCUACAUAACUUAAACAUUUUUGCUGAGUAUGUAAAUGAAUGUUCAGUAAUUUGUUUUAUAUAGAGGCAAAGUCAUACUUUGGAGUCUAGAUACAUUAAUUGGGGUUUCUGGUCACAUUUCUUGAAUAAAACACAUUUAAAUGUGUACAUAAUCUAAUGGUUUGCAGCUUUUAUUUAAAGUGGAGCCAGAACUUGUAGACAAUUGAAAAGCUAUUAGAGAUACCCUAAUGAGACAUGUUACAGUUUUUGUUCUCAAUUGUUACUGUAAUUCUGCAGUACAUCGCUUUUUAAGGAAGUGACUUUUUUUUUUUUUUUUUUUUUUGAGAUGGGGCCUCUGUUGCUCAGCCUGGAGUGCAGUGGCACAGUCACAGCUCCUGGGCAAGUAAGUGAUCCUGUCACCUCAGCCUCCCAAGUAGCUGGGACUACAGGCAAGCACCACCAUACCUGGCUAAUUUUUUGUAUUGUGACAGGGUCUCCCUAUGUUGCCUAGGCUGGUCUAGAACUCCUGGGCUCAGGUGAUCCUCACUUUGGCCUCCCAAAGUACUGGUAUUGUGGGCGUGAGCCACCGAGGAAAUGACCUUUAGUAAGCCUUCCAAAAGCUAUGAACUCCAGUUUUCAUAUAAAUAAGUCUUUAGUUUUAGUAGAGUGGGAUUUGUUUUGUUUUACUGUUGUGUGCCCAGCACUCUAAAAUGGUAUCUGGAUAUGAUAACUGUUCUUCUGUAAAACAUUAAUGCUGCUGGUGCACAGAAAGCCCCAGAGAGUUGGUUGUUCCAUUAAGUUAGAGAUCAGGACAAUAUUUCUAUUAUAUGUACCAUAGUUUGGGAAACUGUUCUCAGUAUGAGGCUAAAGGAGUUCAAGGCAGAAAACCAUGAAAUAGCUGAGGCCUAGAGAAGCCAGAUCCUGAAGAGUUUUCUGCACCAUACUAAGAGUGACCCUUUCCUAAGUGCUCGGGGGAACUAUUGAAGAGUUUGUCAGGAAAGUGAUGCUACUGAAUUUGUACUUUGGAAAAAGCCUUCUGGGUACUUAGUGGAAGGUAGCUUUGAUGACUUGAGGAGGUUCAGAAGAAUGGAGACCUGAACUUGGGUUAUGGCAGCUUGGAUGGAGAGAAUGGGUAUUAAUGAGUACAGUUCCUAGAUCUUAGUGUUGGAAUAUUUGCUGUCCCCUUUUUGGGCCUGAAGUGCUCGAAGGUGUUCACUGUAACACAAACAUCCUUGGCCACAGAGCUUUUACUGAAUCUAGGUUUUUUUUUUUUUUUUAGGAUAGAUUUCCAAACAAUUCAUUUUAUACUAAACACUACUAUAGGUGGUAUGACAAAGAUUCAUAGGAUAAGAAAUAUUCCUAUGUCAUGGAGUUUUCAGUCUUGUGGGAAAGACAAAGGUUUGAGUGCUACAAGGCAGGGAAGAACUGCAAAGCAGGCAGGAUUACUAUCUCUUCAGGGUCUGAACACUUAAGUUCUUGAUUAGGGGUGAAAGUUUUUUUUUUUUCUCUGAGAUGGAGUCUUGCUGUAUCACCCAGGCUGGAGUGCAGUGGCGAGAUCUUGGCUCACUGCAACCUCUACCUCCUGUGUUCAGGUGAUUCUCCUGCCUCAGCCUCCUUAGUAGCUGGGACUGCAGAAGCCCACCACCACUCCCGGCUGAUUUUUGUGUUUUUAGUAGAGACGGGGUUUCACCAUAUUGGCCAAGCUAGUCUCAAACUCCUGACCUUAUAAUCCACCCGCCUUGGCCUCCCAAAGUGUUGGGAUUACAGGCAUGAGCCAUCGUGCCCAGCCCCAAAAGUGUUUUUUAACAAUACAUGAAAAUGAUGUUUUACACAUUGUUUUUAUGAUUUCUUUUCAUGUCAU